AUGAGACAGGAACUUGAGGCUGCAGGACGUGAGAAAGAACAAGUGUCGAACCAGGCCAAACGUGAAGCUCAGGAGAAAAAGGAUCUCUUAAGGCAAAAACUUGAAGCAACUGCGAGGAAAAAUGCUGCCCCUGAGUCUGUGUCACCUAGCCCUGCUUCAGUGGCUUCUCAACCUACUGUCUCCCCAUUACCGCCAGAUGAUCGGACUGGAGGGGAAACUGUUGCCCUGGUUUCAGACCAACGCUUCACCAGUUCCACACAUCCUCAAGCUUGGCAUUGCCUUUACCGAAUGACAAGAAAGGCUGAUUCUUGUGAUGCGGAAAUUUACAAGCUGUGGCAUGAAGGUGGUGCUAAGCGGGACCAGCUUCUGAAGGAUUUCGUAUGUCGCUGCUACACUCCGUCGGACGACUUCAACAAGAACAAGGCCAAGCUGCAUGCUUUGAUCACCCUCCGCCAGAAGAGCCGGCACUGGCGCCGCAACCUCCAGGGGUAUAGUUGGCACACCGAAGAUGAUAUGAAAACCAUCUUGAAGUGGUCACAGAGGUGCAUCUACGACGCGAGCUCUCUGAAGUACUUGGUUCAGACCCGGGAUGAUGUGGAAGCGGGUGAUGAAAAAAUAAAGGAACUUGAAUCUGAGAUGAAAGAAUGUGGACUGUAUGAUUCGGACUUUUCACUGGGGGACUUGCUGGAUGAAGGGGAGGAAGAAACUGGUGAGCUGAACGACUUGUACAACGAGAUAUCGAAGAUCGAAGUGACCCCGGCUGGAAAGGAGAAACGAGCAUAUGCAGAUGUGAAUGAGAAGAUCCGUAUAGCGACCUACUUUGUCAAGACAGCAUCGAAGGCCAAGGCCAAACCCAAGGCUGAAGGUGAUGAUCCUUGCAUUCCAGAUUCAGUGGAUGACAUCUUGAAGACCUUUGUCGCCCCUGAACUCGAACAAAUUGUGACAGAGGCUACGUCGGCCACUGCUGCUGUCCGGCAAGCCAACAACACGAGCAGAGUUGCAAAGUGGUCCAGCGACAAGCUCCACUUAGAUGAGUUCGGGGAAUUGGAUGGGAAACGUACUAGCAACAAGAACCGGAAUUUGGUGAAAUGCCUGUCCAAGAGAGGCUUCAUGCUGGGUGCCCCCAUCACCUACAUCAAAGGGGUUGAUGGUGAGCAUGAUGUUUUCUCCCGUCACCCUGGUCCCGAAGAGUUGAGCUACUGCUUGCCAUGCCUGAUGCAUGGUGAUGAGGGCGUGGGGUACAGGAGGAAGCCGGUAUUGCAAUUGUUGUGGGGGCCUCUUCUGAGGGUUGGUCUUGGUGCGGCAAACAGGCUUUUCCUGAUUACCACUUGUCCUCACAAGUACUACUCUGGUUACAAUGAGGGCACAGCUGCGGGAAAUCCAGUCGUUGAUCGACUCAUGAAGGAGUGUGGGCGGUCUGCCUGCAAAGCUUACUAUCAGGGGAUCCCUACAAAGUUUGGAACAUUCAAGCUUGUGUUUCUUGGGCUUGCUGGGGACCACCCAUUUCAAACGAAAGUUUGCGCAAGUUUGAGAGGCCACCUUCGAAAAGAGAUUUGCCCAUGGUGCGAAGCGAACACUUAUGAUGUUCCUUUUGAAGAUUGCUCAUCUUCUGCGCGCUGGAGGAAAACUUUGUUUCAUUCAAUGCCAUGGAAGGUGCCACCACCCUUUGCCAUUGUUCCUGGUGGUGACCACCCCUCUUUUAUCAAAUGGGACCUCAUGCACAUGGUUCCACACGGUUGCGCGCGCAAUUUCUGUGCGUCAGUGGUCUGCAUGCUGUGCGGGCCCUUGGGUUUGUUUGUGCCAUUUCCAGGGUCUGGUCUGAAAAAAAAUCGAAGUUUACAAGCUGCUUACAGUUUGCUCGAGUCUUGGCUUGUGUGUGUUGGCAAAAGCAUGCGGGACUUGAAAGAGUUCACUCCGGAAAAUUUACAGUGGAAGUUGAACCGUGAUUUCCCUGAUAGCACUUGCAAAGCCAGUGAUUGCACCCUUCUGACUCAAUGGCUCCUAGACCUUAUUGGCACGAUGCCAUGGGAGAUGACUGAACCUUUGAAAGUGGCCUAUGAGGGCUUGCAAUCAUUGGAUCAAUUCCAACGUUUGUGCUAUUCUGGUGACAGGUUGUUCAUGGACCCGGCAAGGCAGCGUUCUACAAGGGAUGCGCGCGUUGGGUUUUUGAAUGCGUAUUCAAAGUUAGCUGUGUAUUGGCAUGGGCAGGGCUGGUGUCUCUUUGGCUUCACACCGAAGUACCAUUACACAAGUCACUGGGACCACGAAUUGACAGAAGCUAUCAGGAAUUGCCUUGAGUGGGCAUGGAAUCCGGGUGCCUUCAGCACACCAAUGAUGGAAGACUUUGUUGGUCUUACUAGCCGAAUUUCGAGGACAGUUCAUGCAGGAACAGUCCCGUUGAACACGAUUCGCAAAUAUCUUCUGGAGAUGCGCAGGUUGUGGUAA